AUGCAGAGACUCAUGCAAGGAGAGGUUAAUGGCGGUCAUGAGCCCUGGCCCGACGGUGAGGACGAAGUGGGCAACGACGACGCUGGCAACCCGAACGGAGAAGACGAGAUCGCCAACCGGGUAAUCAAGAUCUACAUCUUCAAGGUGCUGAAGCAGGUGCACCCUGACAUCGGCAUCUCCUCUAAGGCCAUGUCCAUCAUGAACUCCUUCAUCAACGACAUCUUCGAGAAGCUCGCCGACGAGGCCGCCAAGCUCGCCCGCUACAACAAGAAGCCCACCAUCACCUCCCGGGAGAUCCAGACCUCCGUAUGCCUCGUCCUCCCCGGCGAGCUCGCCAAGCACGCCGUCUCCGAGGUCACCAAGGCCGUCACCAAGUUCACCUCCUCUUAGGCUCUUGUCAAAUCUCUUCUGGCGUGU